CUUUGACAAGAAGGAAUCCACAUCAAAGAUUAAUCAUGACGGCGAGGAAGAUUACAGUUUAACAAUAAUGUGAAAGUCGCACAAUCAUUUCCGUUCCCUCUAGCUACGCCGAAAAGGUCACGUUUAGCUAAUAAUCAAGUCAUUUAUAAAAGACUUGACGUUGAAAAUAAAUCCAGAAGAAAUUGUUCACAGAGACUGAGCAUCUUGAGAUUUUUGGACAAUUUUCUAUCUAUGCCCAACAUGCAAUCACAAUUUACAACCAUACUUUUCCUAUGCGGAGUUCUGUCUUUUCAAGUCUUUGUCCACUGCGGACCGUUGGAGGACCAGCUCUUUCUGAAUGAUACCAGAGACAUCGCAAACAGUGUGUCGGUGGAGAAAUCACCCGAAGAGCAAAACAACUUGAUUAGUGAAACAAAGAUACAAAAGGCUUCUGACACAAGUGCAGUACCUUCACAUCUACCAACAACUGUGGUCACACCAAUAAGAGAAACAGGCAUUGUGAAUGGAAAUGCGAAGGAGCUGAGUACGUCAUCAAAACCGACAGAAUCAUUUGAAACAACAUCACAGAUAAGUCCUCUGAAGAAGUCAUCAACAAAAGGCACAUUAAAGAAUAAAGAAGUAACUACACAGUCAACACAGAUUACCGAAAGUGCAAGUAAUCCUUCAACGCUUGCUCCAAGAUUGCAAGUUACAGAAACCUCUAAUCUUCGAAUGAAUGAAACCAACAAAGUUACAAAAUCCAAUGCAACAGUGACUGCUUCAACAAACCUAAGUGCAACACCAACAACAAAAAGGCUUACCACAGAAAUCAACAAUCAAAUUAAAGAGAAUAUGGCCAACAGAACAACAACAGCCAUACCAACAGCUACAGAGACACCAGUGAAAGCAAAAAGUUGUGUAGACAAACUUGGCACUCAUUCCUGCAAAAUUUUGGCAAAAAGAUAUCCUAAUUAUGAUCUUUGCAAAGUACUAAAAGUAAUGAGUAUCCACUGCACAAGAUAUUGUGGUCUUUGUGGUGCCAGGAUGCAAGAAUUAAAUAAACAUGUCAUAAAACCAGGUACAGUAAAGCAAGAAUUAAAAAAGCGAAUCAGAAAACCAGUUUGCAAAGAUUUUUCAAAGAUAUUCUGCAAACGGUUCCAAAUACAUUGUGAUGAGGAUUCGCUCAACGGGAAAAGGAUGCGAUACUAUUGCCGUAAGAGGUGCAAAACAUGUUAAUCCCUUGGCAAAAGACAGAAGGAACUUGGUUACAAACGGGUGGAGAACUCAAGUCAUGACUACUUUAUUUAUUCUUUAUGUUGUGAUAAAUAUGCUGAAAAGCUGGAAUUUUCUGUAAAAUUUCUUAUUGGCAUCAUGAUUAGUUUCUUAUUUUAAAGAAACUUUAUGUAAACUUAUUUGAUGAUAUAAAAAAGAAUUGAUGAUUGCUACAUUUGAAAAUUCUUUGAUUUAUCAUAUUUCUCCAACAGCAAUACACCAUUGUGUUAGAUUAUAGACGAAGUAGCAAAAUGAUUCAUUAAAUACCUACUCAAAAUUUUUGUUUUUCAUUUUGUGGUGUUUACAAUGAGUC